GGUGGCCAGAGGCACAGGCUGGGCAGUGGCUGUAGUUGCAGUUUCACCUGAAGUCCAGAGCUGCCACCAGACUGUCUAGGCAUUGGACUCCGGGUCACCAGACCAGCCAUGGCCAUGAAGGUAGACAGCAGACCUGGGGGGGACCCUGGCAGUGGCAGUAACCAGGGCAUAGCCCUAGAGCACGUGCAGGCGAUCACCCGAAACUACAUCACCCACCCACGAGUCACCUAUAGGACAGUGUGCAGUGUCAAUGGGCCUCUGGUGGUGCUGGACCAGGUCAAGUUUGCCCAGUAUGCUGAGAUUGUGAACUUCACCCUCCCUGACGGGACUCAGAGGAGCGGCCAAGUGCUUGAGGUGGCUGGGACCAAAGCCAUUGUUCAGGUAUUUGAAGGGACCUCUGGAAUCGAUGCCCAGAAGACCACGUGUGAAUUCACAGGGGACAUCCUACGGACUCCAGUCUCAGAGGAUAUGCUGGGUCGAGUUUUCAAUGGCUCUGGCAAACCGAUCGACAGAGGGCCAGCAGUCAUGGCAGAAGAUUUUCUGGAUAUCAGUGGACAGCCCAUCAACCCCCAUGACCGUAUCUACCCUGAGGAGAUGAUCCAGACAGGAAUCUCUACCAUUGAUGUCAUGAACAGCAUCGCCCGUGGCCAGAAGAUCCCCAUCUUCUCAGCAGCUGGACUCCCCCACAAUGAGCUUGCCGCACAGAUCUGCCGCCAGGCGGGGCUGGUAAAGAAAUCCAAGGCAGUGCUGGAUUUCCACGAGGACAACUUUGCCAUUGUCUUUGCAGCCAUGGGGGUGAACAUGGAGACAGCGAGGUUCUUCAAGUCUGACUUUGAACAGAAUGGAACCAUGGGAAAUGUCUGCCUGUUCCUUAACUUGGCCAAUGACCCCACGAUCGAGCGAAUCAUCACACCACGACUGGCACUGACCACAGCUGAAUUCCUCGCCUACCAGUGUGAGAAGCACGUUCUGGUCAUACUGACGGACAUGAGCGCCUAUGCAGAGGCCUUGCGCGAGGUGUCAGCUGCUCGAGAGGAAGUGCCAGGACGCCGCGGCUUCCCGGGAUACAUGUACACAGACCUGGCCACCAUCUAUGAGCGCGCCGGCCGAGUUGAGGGCCGGGGUGGCUCUAUUACCCAGAUUCCUAUCCUCACCAUGCCUAAUGAUGAUAUCACCCACCCUAUCCCAGACCUGACAGGCUUCAUCACCGAGGGACAGAUCUACGUGGACAGGCAGCUGCACAACCGGCAGAUAUACCCUCCCAUCAACGUGCUCCCUUCUCUGUCGCGACUGAUGAAGUCGGCCAUCGGGGAAGGCAUGACAAGAAAGGACCACGGGGAUGUCUCCAACCAGCUGUACGCCUGCUACGCCAUCGGCAAGGACGUGCAGGCCCUGAAGGCGGUGGUGGGGGAGGAGGCGCUCACGGCCGAGGACCUGCUCUUCCUGGAGUUCCUGCACAAGUUCGAGAGGAGCUUCAUCGCCCAGGGCCCCUACGAGAACCGCUCCGUGUUCGAGUCUCUGGACCUGGGCUGGAAGCUGCUCCGCAUCUUCCCCAAGGAGAUGCUGAAGCGCGUCCCGCAGACCGUGCUCGACGAGUUCUACUCCCGCGACGGGGCGCCCGCGGCGGACACGGCGCUCUAGGCCCCUCCGCCCCACAGGGCGCCCUUCCCCCCCCCGGACGCCCCUCCGCGCCACCCCGACGCCUUGGUCUCGUGGCUCGGGUCCCCAGUCCGACGCCUUACUCUAACCGAAGCAUCGCAUCUCAACUGUUAACUCUAUUUGGAAGCUUUUUUUUGAAGGGUUUGCUUAGAAUGGAACCAAGGCCCUUCAAUAUACCAUGCAAGCGUUUUACCACCCCAAAAUAAGAAGUUACUGAGAUGAAUUUAUCUCGGGUGAAAAUAAGAUGGCAAGAAAUUGGUAAUUGCUGAGGAUGCAAGUGAUGGGUACAUAACGAUUGUUGAACUAUUAAAGUAACCCCUGAAUUAGUACCUAACAGCUAACAGUAGAAUCUCCCUUUAGGAAGAUAGUUGUUAAGAUGAUAGAGCUGAGAAUAUAUAUGGCUUAGCAGUAGAGCUCUUACAGGUUUGCAUCACAUUUUUCCAUUUUUCUACUUUCAAAUCUAUCUAUUCAUAUCAUUGAAUUGUUAACGUCUCCUGUAAAUCAAUAUCCAGUUAUGUGCCAUUUACAUCUAAUUUGAUAUAGUGUCGGUUGUUAUUGAGAUGGAUGUACAUCUGCUGUUUGAUUUUUGUUUUCUGUAUAAGUCAUGUCUUUGGGUUUCUCUCUUCCUCCUUUUAGUUGUUUUGUUUGUUUGUUGCAUUAAGAACAUAUUUCAGAAGGACAUGGGGACACACACCUGAAACCCCAGUACUUGAAAGGUGAAGGCAGGAGAAUGAGAAAUUCAAGAGCAGCCUGGGCUACAUAAAAAAAAUGAGAAGCCGGGCUGGAGAGAUGGCUUAGCGGUUAAGCUUGCCUGUGAAGCCUGACGACCCCGGUUCAA